AUGAAGCAAUCAAGAAAAGCUGCCAAAGUCGCCUAUCAAGGAUUGAAGGAGUUGGUUAAGUUUGGAAAGUUUGCUGAAGUUGAAAACACUCCUGUUGCUAGUUCCAUUAAUGCUGAGGUUGCCGAGGAACACGUGACACCUAAACAAAAAUUUAAAUUUGCAUUUGAAGAGAUUGAAGUAUCUAAUGAUGAAGAAGAAGAGGAUCAAGAAAAGGAUUUGACAGAGAAUGAGUUUGGAGAUUUUCUACAAAGUAUCUCCAUCCCUAAAGAGGAUGUGGCUGUCAUACCUUCUGCUGUGACUGAAAGAGAUCAUGACUUAACUAUGCAAUCUUAUUCACCUACCCCUGAACAGAUGGAUGCUCUUAUUACUGAACUUCAGCGAACUGCGAGAAAGCCUCCCCAAACAGUUCUUGUUACAACUGAACCUCCAUCUGAGAAUGAUCAAGAAGAUUCAGCUCACGUACUACUCCCGAGGAAAAGAAAAAGAAGAGAUCCAAGUCCUGGAUUGCUUAUCACAUAUUCUGUUCAAAAUUUAUCUACUCCGAUUGAACCUCGUUCUGUGGCCUAA